AUGGCUCAGAAAGAGAUUCAGAAGGCGGGGUCACGCACCAUCUUCUCGGAGAACGAGACAUCAUCGACACACUCAUCAAAAAGGUGUGAACCACCCUGCUUCCCCAUAUCCAAUUCCCUUCUUCCCCCCAUCCUCUUCCCUGCUUCACCCCAUCCCCUUCUCUUCUUCCCCCCAUCCCCUUCCCUACUUCCCCAUGUUCCCUUCCCUGCUUCCCCCCAUCCCCUUCCCUUCUUCCCCCUAUACCUUUACUUGCUUCCCCCCAUCUCCUUCCCUGCUUCCUCCCAUCCUUUCCCUUCUUCCCCCCAUCCCAUUACCUGCUUCCCCCCAUCCCCUUCCGUGCUUCCCCCUAUCCCCCCUGCUUGGCCCCAUCCCCUUUCCUGCUUCCCCUCAUCCCCUUCCCUUCUUGCCCCCAUCCCUUUACCUGCUUUCCGGUCUCCCCUUCCCUACUUCCCCGUGUCCCCUUCCCUGCUUUCCCAUGUCCCUUUCCCUGCUUUCUCAUGUCCCCUUCCCUGCUUCCCCGUAUCCCCUUCGACAUCACUCACACGCACCACUUGUCUGCUCUUCAUAUUCUCCCUCAGAUUCCUCCUCAUAUGUCCUGUCGAACCCUGGUCACCACUUUGCCUAUCUACAUGCCUGCCGGCGUUUGAUCAGUAUGCGUGUCUUUCUACCUACGUGCAUGCCUGCGUAAGCUCCAUGACGUGCCCACAGACAAAAAGUGGGAGCGGGGGUGGGGGCAGUGGGGAGCUGCGAGGAGGACAAGGAGGAGCAGCCACGCCUAGCGCUGGCGGCUUCCAUGGAGGGGCAUACAGAGGAAGAGGGGGCCAAGGCGGGAAGGUGGGCAAGGUGGGGAGCAAGGAGCAACAAGGGGCGUGGGUAGGAGGGGCAGCGGACGAGGAGGUUGAGUUACCAGAGGAGCGCGUAGUGCGCAUUCCAGCCUGCCAUCGCAUUGUCAUUCAUGCUGGGAAGCAGAUCUACGACUGGACCCGUCCCGAGGUGAACCCCUCGGUGCACCCCUCGGCGCACGGCCACGCCGGUCAUGGAGAAUCAGCAGCCCAUGGCACACUUCGGCGGGUUAUGCGAGAUAAGGCGCGCAGCUAG